CACGAAGAAGAGCAGCAACAAAACACGGAAGUAUCAUGCUAGUGAAAUAGCAAAAUGAGCUAAAGUAAAGCUUCUCGAAACUACUUUUUUACACCUCUUCCAGGCAGGUGUAUCCUGACACCUGCACUGUAGACUGAUAAAGAAUGCGAAUUUGCUUUAAGUAAGAAAUUACGUUUAUUUUACAUAACAAUGUUUAGCAAGUCGUAUCAGCUGCUGCCUCAGAGGGACUCCGCCGCUCCCAGGACUCCUGGUUUGUUUGUGGACUCUGACAGCUUCACACGGCACAGCUACCAUAAGGGACUUUCGUUUGACUACAUCCCCAAUGUUUCUGAAAACAACUUUACUGACACCUCCCAAGGAUGGCUGUCGUGGAUUUGCAACCUGAUUGUCGUCUUCCUCAUUUACAUCUGCACCUUUCUAAUGUUUCCAAUAACAGGAUGGUUCGUAUUGAAAACGGUGCCAAACUACCAGAGGAUAGUUGUGUUCCGUCUGGGUCGAGUUUGUCCUCCAAAGGGUCCCGGUAUUGUCCUGGUGCUGCCCCUCAUUGACCAGUGGCAGAGAGUCGACCUGCGUACCCGUGCAUUCAACAUCCCUCCCUGCCAGGUGACUACUCAGGAUGGUGGUGUGCUGUUGGUGGGAGCAGACAUCCAGUUCAGGAUCUGGAACCCAGUCAUGUCAGUGGUGUCCGUCCAGGACCUGAAUGCCUCCACUAGGAUGACGGCACAGAGUGCUUUGACCCACAGCCUGGCCAAGAAGACUGUCAGAGAAAUCCAAACUGAGAGAGUGAAAUUAGGGGAAUAUCUCGGGAUGGACAUUAAUGAGAUGACUCGUCCUUGGGGGCUGGAGGUGGACAGGGUAGAACUUACCCUUGGUUCUCUACUGAAACCCCCAGAGGGAGUUCCCUCUGGAUCCCUCAUCAUGCCUCCGUCUGUGCCUGGACUUGAAGGCCUCACUGGUCCCAUUCAGCAGUUGGCUAUGCACUUUCUGAGCCACGGCAGCAGUUCACAGCCUCAGCAUCAGGACAGCAUAACAUUUUCAGAUGAGCUCAGCAGUGCUUCUGAGGCUGUCGUCGCCACACCAGGUUCUGUUGAAGAGCUGCUCAGUGGGGUGAAGCUGCUGCUCUCUGAAUCGUUAGUCCAGCAGGUUGGAGCCUGUUUCCAGUUUGACGUCAGCUCAGCAGAUGGACAACAGCACAGUUACUAUGUGGAUUUGAGCCAAGGUAGUGGUGCAGCUGGAGCAGGGUCCUUGAGUUGGGAGCCAGAUGUCACUCUGAGUAUGAGCGAUUGCGACCUUCUGGCCAUGUUUCAAGGCGAGCUGCGACCGUUUUCUGCUUACACCAGUGGCAGACUGAAAGUCCAAGGAGACAUUAAGACAGCCAUGAAGUUGGAAGAACUCAUAAAGCUACUCAAGAAAUAGCAUACACUGUAGAUUUAGCUUGGUAUUUAUUGAAUCUUUAAUCUGAACUGUAAAAUACAUGUUUUUAAUGUAUGCACUGAA